AACGCCUCCAAGCUGCAGGCUGCAGGUCUGUGGGCCUCAGUGCUAAGGGACCUGUGCGGUGACAAUCUCUCGAUCUCUCGCAUCUCGCGUCUCGCACAUCUCGUCAGAUCGUCUGUCGGUGGGAUCGGCCUGCAAUCCCGUUCACCUCCGAGAGUCAAGCUCCACGUGCACUUUUACGUGGCAUAAACCACGUGUCCUUAUCAUCAGUGCCACAUUCGCGGCAUCUGCCACGCGACUGAUUGGAGAACCCAAGCAAGCUCAGGUCCGAUCUUGCAUCAUGUCCACCUCCCAACUCUACUUCCCCGCCAGCCGCCAGCCAGUGUUCCAGAGAUUACCACAACAAACACUCGACCCUCUCCUCGUGUUCCCUCCUCUCUCCUCGGCAUGGCAGCUCCCCAACAUGAGCAGGCAACUGCGACCGUGCUUGAGGCUCUCCAGGCGCUCUACCACAACCCCGACGCUCAGGCAAAGAAGCAGGCAAACGACUGGCUGCAAGAGUUCCAGCACAGCGUAGAUGCAUGGCAGACAUGCCACACUCUGCUCGUCAAUGAAUCCGCGCCGUUAGAAGGUCGCAUGUUCUCGGCGCAGACCUUGCGUGCAAAGAUACUCUACGACCUUUCUCAGCUUCCCAGAGAUUCGCUUCCGCCCCUCCGCGACUCGCUGUUGGGGGCAUUGACUCCCUUGGUUCAGCCCGGCGCACCAUCGGGGUCGCGCGCGGUUUUGACACAGCUUGCGUUGGCCCUGGCAGACCUCGCGCUCCAGAUGCCAGAGUGGACUGAUGUGGUGCAGGGCAUGAUCUCGCAGUAUGGCAACGACCCAAACACUGUCAUGGUUUUGCUCCGCUUCCUUUCUUCGCUGGCCGAGGAGUCGCUCAACCCAAGAUUGCCACCACAGCAAGAUAACUCUACCGCCGUAGAUGCACUGGUCAGCGGUUCGGCAGAACAGGUCAUCUCCAUCCUGUCCAUGUACAUCCAGGCUCCAGGGAUCACAGCGCCCAUCCAGGUAGCCAUCUUCGAGACCAUGCGGGCAUGGCUGCGGGCCGGCGAGUUCCCGGUGAUGGCUGUUGCCCACUCGCCUCUCUUCCCUGCAAUGUUUGACGGCCUCGAGUCGGACGAGUUGUUUGACGCUGCGGUCGACGUCAUCUGCGAUCUGGUUCACGAGACACAGGAGGUCCAGGACAACCCAGAGAUCGUUCAACAGAUCCUUCCCCGCAUCAUUGCUCUGCGCCCGAAGCUGGAGGAGUUUAAGGAGGACCCCGACAGGAUACGCGGGUAUUGUCGCCUGUUCUGCGAGACCGGCGAGUCAUAUCGAGACAUCAUCAAAAUGCACCCCCGCGAAGCGUUCCCUUUGGUUGAGGCUAUUCUGGCCUGCACCGCGUACCCCGACCUCGACAUUGUCCCCAUUACAUUCCAGUUCUGGUGGAUCUUGGCUGGCAUCGUUAACCGUCGCUCAGACGUGGCACGGGACGAGAGCUUUACUCCUUACUUUGACGUGUACGUCAACCUCCAGUCUGCAAUCAUUGGCCACCUCCACUUCCCUGCCGACAACGAGAAUCAAACACCACAGGAGCGCGACGAGUUCCGAACUUUCCGUCACCGCAUGGGCGACACGCUCAAGGACUGCUGCCAAGUUCUUGGUGCUCCGGCCUGCCUGCGGAAGUCGUACGAUAUGGUGGUCGCCGCCAUGUCCAAGCCCAACCCCUCGUGGCAGGAAAUCGAGGCCCCGCUCUUCUCCAUGCGAUCAAUGGGCGCUGAGGUCGACCCGGACGAUGAUGAGGUUAUGCCCCACAUCAUGGACAUUCUUCCCAAGCUUCCGGACCACCCACGUAUCCGUUACGCCGCCAUUCUAGUCAUAUCCCGCUACACUCAGUGGAUUGACCGUCACCCCGAAAAUCUAUCCUUCCAGCUGCAGUAUAUCUCGGCCGGAUUCGACAUGAAGGACGAGGAGGUGUCUGCAGCGGCGGCGCAGGCCAUGAAGUUCAUGUGCCAGGACUGCCAGCGGCAUCUUGUUCCCUUCCUCCCGCAGCUCCACCAGUUCGUCACGACCGUCGGCGAGCAGUUGGAUCAACCCGACAUGGUCGAGGUGUGCGAGGCGAUAGGCUUCGUCAUUUCAUCGUUGCCGUCCGUCGACGCUGCCGCGCUGCUUCAGCAGUUCUGUGCGCCCUUGAUCAAGCGGGUAGAGCUGGUGGCCAACGCCCCGGCCGAGGCUCACAAGGUCGACCUGCAGAAGGUCGCAGAUGCGCUUGAGCAAAUCGACUCGUACCUCACCAGCGUGCGGACAUUGGACCCAGUGCCGGAGUCUUGCUACCCGACCGCGGCGAGCAUCUACCAGAUCCUGGACAAGCUUUUGGAGCGGUAUGCCAAGCUUUACUUCAUCUCCGAGCGCGUAGGAUCCAUUCUCCGCCGCGGCCUGACGUUCUUCCCCGAGCGAGCACUUGAGCCAGUGAUUCGGACAGUGCUGGCACGCCUCUCUACCUCGUUUGCGCAGACUGGCUAUUCGUCAUAUCUCUGGAUAACUGGCAAGAUCGCAACCAAGUUUGCCCGAACCGCGCAGCGGCCCGGCAACGAGGCUCUCGCGCAGCUGCUCAUUGGCGCCUUCCAGACGGUCACGGAUUCGUUGGGCAAGCUUCUGACGCUCAAGGACGCAACAGAGAUUGCCGACGUCAUGGACGACUAUGUUCAUUGCUUCAUGGCGUACAUCGACGCUCUGCCGCAGCAGACACUCUCCUGUCCGGCGUUGUCGCAGGCCGUGUCUCACACGCUUGCCGCCAUCUUGUGCCCGGCACCGCAGACCAUCCUGGUGUGCCUCGACACCCUAAACAUGCUUGCCGGACGCAUGGCGGAGGGGCAGUACCAGGCGCAGCUGCAUGCCGUCUUCGCCCAGUUCGCAAAGCCGCUGCUGGCGCUGGUGCUGCAGGGCCUCGUACAGGGCUUCCCGGAAGACGGAAUGGACCAAUUGCCGCUGAUUGUUCAAGCGGCGGUUUCAUCUGUGCCCGCUGCCCAGGCAGAGAGCUUUGCGACUGAGGCCUUGGCCAACAUCCCUGGGCAUGUGCUGCCAGCGGCGGACAAGGCCAAGUUCAUUCAUGCGCUGCAGGACUACCAGGCCAGCCCGACAAACGACAAGAUCAAGGCAGCGCUGCUGGGCCUGUUGCGUGCGGCGCGGCGGGCAAAGGACCGUGGACGGCAGAACCGCAAGAGUCUUGGUGUGUAGGAUGUUUGAGGGUAGCAUGGCGGUAAUUUGGGACGGGGGUCAUCACAUGUGCAUUCAAAAGUAGAGCGUAUGUCUAUGCAUUUACCAGGGUUGCUGGUCUG